CCCCGCCGCUGAACAGCUCUGCAACGCACCGCCCAGCCAUGCGUUCUUUCAUGGGACUGGCUCCUCCUCCCUCUCGGUCCCUGUCUCUGUUACCUCGCCCCAAUCAGCCCUUCACUGCUACUCCCUGGCCUGCACGUCACUGGCCAGCGUUCACCCCGCCGCGCGCCAUUGGUUAAGCUCCUAUAGCAGGACAUCCCUCUCUCACUGUGGACUCACGGAGCCCCAGCAGCAGCAGUGGCAGGAGCAGCAGAACCCCAUGAAUGACCUUAGCGGGUGCAGGGAAGGGGGUCCCUCCUCCCCCUCCCUCCCGCCUGGCGUGCCGUUACCUUCACCAACUUGCCCGCCGUCGCCAGCACCGCCCAGCCUGACAUCGACCUCGCCUGCAGCGCCCAGCCCUCUCCCUCCCUCGCCCUCACCGCCCAGCCCUCGCCUACACCGCCAUCUCCUGCACUUCAACCGCCUGGCGUUCCGCCUCCAUCCCUCACCUUCUCUUCCCAGCCUUGCACCACCACCACCUCCUGCGCCGCUUCCUGCAUGGCGUGCUGCCACCUUCGCUGGAGCCGCCCAGCCUUGCACCACCACCACCUCCUGCGCCGCUUCCUGCAUGGCGUGCUGCCACCUUCGCUGGAGCCGCCCAGCCGCUCAUCCGCCGUAGCUUAUAUAGCAGCAGAUUCGUCUCUACACAGGACAGUGCUGAGCCUUUGCUGUUCCGCUGCUGCAACCGCCCAGCCCCCACCGGCGCUGCCCAGCCCGCCUCCCCCCUAACCAGCAUCAGCCAGGCUGCUGCCACCCUCACCGCCCCCAAGCCCUGGCACCUCCGCCCCUCUGGGCACCCUCUGGGCACCCUCUGGGCCCGCUCUGCCCAGCUCGCUGCCGCCCUCACCCGCACUGCCCAGCCCUCACGGCCGGCCUUCCCGCCACACAGCCAGCUUCCUCCCUCGCCUGUUCAGCCCAGCCCCACUUUGCCUUCGCCGCUGUUCAGCUUGUUGCCGCCUUUACCAGCACGUCACCGCCAUAUCCCCAGCCCCCAGUCAGCAUCCGCCGUAGCUCACCUGCAGGCCGGAGCCCCUGACUGGUCUGCAUCGUCCAUCACCUUUUGAGGAGUUCCACGUGUGGCCCGUCGCCUACAAAACAGGUGAGUGACCCAUGGGUCAUCAGCACGCUCAGGGCAAGGGGUUAGGGCGCCGUUAAUGCACGGUGUUAUGGGUGGUCUCCCUCUUGUCUCCUCCUUUUCUUCUAUGAAACACACACCCAUACAACGCUCAGACUCAAACCGGUUCCCCUCCCUCCCUUCCUUUCCUGCCCAACAGUGCCUGGCGGCCACCGAAAUCACCUUCAUCCUGAAACCGCCCCACAGUCGUCUCUACACAGGACAGUGCUGAGCCUCUGCUGGUCCGCUGUUGCAACCGCGCAGCCCCCACCGGCGCCGCCCAGCCUGCCUCCCCCCUAACCAGCGUCAGCCAGGCUGCUGCCGCCCUCACCGCCCCCAAGCCCUGGCACCUCCGCCCCUCUGGGCCCGCUCUGCCCAGCUCGCUUCCGCCCUCACCCGCACUGCCCAGCCCUCACGGCCGGCCUUCCCGCCGCACAGCCAGCUUCCUCCCUCGCCUGUUCAGCCCAGCCCAACUUUGCCUUCAUCGGCUGCUCAGCUUGCAGCCGCCUUCACCAGCACGUCACCACCAUAUCUCCAGCCCCCAGUCUGCAUCCGCCGUAGCUCACCUGCAGGCCGGAGCCCCUGACUGGUCUGCAUCGUGCAUCACCUGUUGUGAUGUUCCACGUGCGGCCCGUCGCCUACAAAACAGUGCCUGGCGGCCAUCGAAAUCACCUUCAUCCCGAAAACGCCCCACAGUCUCCAGCUCCCAGUGACGCCCCGGUUGCCCAACCAUCCCCUCAGCUUCUGCUGCUGCUGCUGUGGCCGCCGCCGUCGCCCAGUUAAACACCGCCCCGCCCCGCACCUCCAUCUCCUGCACCCCUCCCGCCUGGCGCGCCGCCUCCCUCGACCUCACCGCCCCGCCCAGCACCGCCAUCUCCUGCACCGCUCCCGCCUGCCGUACGAUUGGUGGUUGGUUGGGGGCCGGGUGAAGUUGCUGACUACACCUCUCUACCUGACCGCUGCUGCUGCUGCUGCUGCUGUGGCCGCCGCCGUUGCCAAGUUCAACACCGCCCUCCCCAGCAGCACCCAGCCCGUCACCAUCACCUACACCGCCCUGCUGUCACUACUCCCACCAACACCUCCAAGCUCGUACGGUUAAGUAGGGCGCGGUGUGGGGAAAUAUAUCAACAACUUGCCCCAUAACGCCUCCAUCCCCGGCCUGUUAUGUUGCCUAUUAUGCCUUGCCGGUAACGCUGCGAUGCAACCCACCCACGCCCUGUGCUUGUGUGAAGCAAUCCCGCGUGAUGCAGGAGUCUCUUGGCUCUGCGUGUAGAGUUGCGAGCACCUAACCACAGUCCGUCUGUGCAACGUAUUCCCUCACCACACGCUCAACUGCGUAUCCAAAGGUCUUCUUCCUUGCACCUUGGUUGUUGCACUGCGGUCUGACCUGACCUGCUGCACCCCUCAUGUGCUCUUGUUGCAGGGCAAAGGCGAGCACUAGCAAGACGAAUCCGCCAGCCACGUACGUAGCCCAGGGUAAGCGGGGCGCGGUGUGGCCAAGACACUGGUUGUUCGACGCCGGUGUGGGGCGGGAGGAGGCGCAGGUUUCGGGUUGUGUCGUACUCUGGCGUGUACUCUGGCGGCGUUGGGGGUUCGUAGCACUGCCUCUUAAGUAUGUAUAGGUAGCCCGCCCCACGUGAGUGCCCCACAAGCGCAAAUGGACGAGAGGGCAGCGCUGUUGAGAGCAGCAGACGUGCACAGAAGUGCUCAGGCAUGAUCAGGCAUGAUUUCGACAGAUAAGCGCUGCCAAAGAGCAUACACGCUGCCUUUUCGCCCUGUAACGCGCAUCCGCCCUCCCUGCUGGCAUCCUGCUUAACUUCAUGUGCAUGUUUACCCCCCACCCCCACAGGCACAGCACACAACGCUGUGGGUAUCAAGCACGCAGUAGAGUCUGUGGGUGGGGCACGGAGAGAUGGCGCAGCUCCUCCCUUUCCAAGCAAUGGUCUGCGUCAUCCCCUUCUCCACCCAUACACCCCUGCCACCGCCGCUGCCGCCGUCGUCACUGCCCCUACCUCGUCCCUCCUGCCAAGAUGCACGGGCGCUUCAAUCCCCACCACCUCCCAGACAAUACGGAGAGGGGCCGCCAACGGCUGGGGCUGGUUUGGGGUACGGCAAGGGGCAGGGAAGACCUAGCAUGUAGUGGGCUAGCUAGUGGGCAGAGGCAACCCGCCAAUAGCAACAGGCAUAUACUAAUGGCUUUCACCCCAAGCAUGCACCCUACCUUUGGGUCAUCCUCCUCCUAUCCAUCAUGUGCAUCUGCAUUUUACACCUGCUGAGCCUUCUCUCCCUGCCCCAAACCCCUUGUCUAGCAGGCGCUCAGCAGGCGCAUGGUGAACUCCGGUGGGAGGGGCAGCACCACCGCGGCGUCACCAUGAACCAUGAGCCAUCCAUUCCUUCCCAACUGACAGGCAAUUGUACGAAACAGGCAACACCACCAAGCGAUCAAGACCCCAAUCAAGACCAAGUUGUCAUAGUGCCGCUGCUGCUGCUGCUCUGCCGCAUGAAGAGCAGCAGCCCAAUAUGCUCCACCGCCACCUGCAGCACCACAUUCUCAGCAUGCAAUGCCAUGCCAUCCAUUCGUCGACGAGUCACGCGCGCGCGCACAUAGCAGCAUUCACUAAAGCAUAAUGAACAACAGCAAAACCACCUUUCAUUGCAUGUUUUCGUAUUGGGAUAUGAUAAGAAAAGCAGGGUCGCGCAUGCAAGCGCACAUACUUGGUGUAUUUUAUUUUCUUUUAAAGGGCCACCACAUACUACUAUACCUUGUUUUUUUCAAUGGCAACAUGGUUUACGACUGAGCUCGAACUUUUGGCCGGUAAAGCCAUCGAUGCGUACAUGAUUGUACGGAUUUUUCGUUUCCGCGCAUAUCUCAACAAACCAAGCACACCAUGGUGUUCAGCGUUGAAUUUCCUGCAGGUCCAUGUGUUUAUUGAGGUAGGCGACGGACUAACAAGCCACUUGCAGUACACCCGCCCGAAGGUAGAGCACACUGCAGGUGACUCAAGGUGUUGCAAAUGCUUACAUUAAGUGCAAAGACAUAUACGCCUGUCCGCCCUGUAACACAUCCUGUUUACGACCAGCUUGCGACCUCCGAACCAGCAUUACAAGUUAGCCAAGAGGCGAACUGCCCAAUGGCCAGUUACGUAGCGUUAUGUAGUGCACAUAGAACACUUAGGCAGGGCCUUGUCAGCUUAGGCCCAGCUGGCGACUGUGCGUUUCUUAUUCAAACAGAAUCGCAGUCGACCAGUCAGCGACAACAAGCACUGAGGAGAAAACAAAGACAUACGAGCUUACGUUUAUACUCUCAA